AGGUUCUUGACUCAGGAGCACCUAGGGGUCGAAGCCAAGUCCUCUCGAAUGUCCUGAGCUGCAUCCCGGCGACUCCAGUGGACGGUGGAGGGGAGGCUCUGACUGGGGCCUGAGGCUGUCCCCUCCCGUGGUCUUGAUGGGUGGCCCAGCUGACUCCAGUCCAGUCCUGUGCUUCUCAAAGCCCGGGUGCUGUGCUGGGGCCACAGGGCGGCUUGAGGUCAGGGCACCUGCCCCCUGUGGGUGUUGUCAUGCAAGGACCAGGCCCACACCCUGAGGAAGGCACACAUGCAUCUGCUUUAGAGCUGAUGCAGGGAUUCAGACAGGGCUGGGCGCCUAGCUGGCCUCUCUGAGUUAGGUUGCCCUCCCCUGCCAUGAGGGUCCGCCCCGGGAGCUGGGGAGGCAUCUACCCUCGUCCUGGGGCAUCUGGACACAGUAGUGAGGGGGCCUGGCAACAGUGCCUCAUGGGGAGGACAGAGUACUAGAGACCCCAAGGGACAUCCUCCAGCCCUUUGUAGUUGAAGGACUCCUGGUGGAGCCUGCCGGUCUGGCUUGAGACCUGGCCUCCCAGGGCUGGCUGGGAGGUCAGUGGGAUAGGGGCGGGGCUGCAAGCCAGGUGCAGGUCAUCUGCAGGUCCUGAGGUGAGACUGGGCCAAGACAGGUGCAGGCAGAAGGCUCCUGUCCCCGAGCCUGUGGCCCUGGGAGCCUUGCUGCCUGAGGCAAAUGUUACUAAGGAUGCCCACGACCUGCGCCAGCUGGAGCCCUGCAGUAUAAGAGUCCGUGGGCACAUGAGGACAGCCUCUCUCCGGCUGGGUCACUUCACCUGGUCUCCAUGGCCUGCUGCCCGCGUAGAGUUACACAGGAAGAUGGAAAACGGCAAGAUUCCAGGCCCUAGUGGAGUCAGGUGCAGGGGAGCUGCUACAAGUUUAAUGACCUGGUGCUAAUUGCUGCCUCCGAAGGCCAGUGCCCUGCCCACCCUGGCGACAGCUCCCGAGUUCCUGGUGAAACCUGUGGGCAGCUGUGGGUGGGCAGCCGGUGGGUACAAGGAGGGAAGACCGCCUGGCUCCACCUUUGGAGCAUGAAGAAACUUUGAUCUGGUGCCUGUCCGGGCCCCUUGGUGUUCCAGCAGUGGGUGGGUGUGCUACACCCGAAUAUAAGAGAACUGGCUGGAAGGAGGAAGGGAGCUAUCACCUGGCUUUUACCUGGUCCCUGUCUCCACAAGAGAAACGUUUUGUCUCAACCCAGAUCUACUCCACACUCUGAGGCAGAGGCUUCCUGUGGCCAGCCCAGGGUGUAGUGACAGCUGGCCCUUACUGAGGGAUCAGGCUGGGCAGAGCACUGGCCUGGCCUGCAAUCCUUGCCACCCUGUGGGAUGACGGAAGCCUGCUCAUGCCUGCUGCGUCUCCACUUUCCAGCCUGUGCUGUCUCCGGCCUCUUCAGCUGCAUAACCAUCCACCCCCUGAACAUUGCGGCUGGUGUGUGGAUGAUCAUGAACGCCUUUAUCCUGUUGCUGUGUGAGGUGCCCUUCUGCUGCCAGUUCGUGGAGUUUGCAAACGCAGUGGCCGAGAGGGUGGACCAGCUGCGCUCAUGGCAGAAGGCUGUCUUCUACUGCGGGCCUGUCAAAACUCUUACAAGCUUUCGGAUCAAGUUCAGGGGCCAAGUUUCGGAUCAAUUCAAGGACCUUCUGAAGCCAGCUGUGAACUUGAUGGCCGUCGUCCCCAUCAUCAUGAGCCUGACCCUGACCACGCUGCUGGGCAAUGCUGUCGCCUUUGCCACCGGGGUGCUGUAUGGACUCUCUGCUUUGGGCAAAAAAGGUGAUGCCAUCUCCUACGCCCGGAUCCAGCAGCAGAAGCAGCAGGUGGAUGAGGAGAAGUUGGUGGAGACUGUGGAAGGGGAGCUGUGACGUGGGUUGUGCCAGCCCUCCCUCCCUCCCUCCCUCCCUGCCUGUCUCCUGGCUCUGGGGGAGCUUGUCUGGAGGAGGCUGAGGCAGGGCUUGCCAGAGGAGGGCCCACACGUGUCCUUGGUAAGGCCACGCCCCUUUCUGCCGAGCAGCUGAGCCCGCUCCUGACCCUGCUGGCGCUGAGGGUUGCAGCACUGCACAGAUGGCCACCUGGCCCAGCGCUGCUGGUCUGGCUCGGCGAACAGGCCACUACGGGGCUGCAGAUUCCAUGGUCUGGGUGCAGCUUCCAUGGGACACAUGGGGCCUGCUCGAGGGGCUCCCACCCUAGUCCUUUGGGCCUGAGCAUCGAGUAGAGGGAGCACCCCGGCUCCCCGGCAGGUGGGGUUUCCAGUCCUUCUGUUUGCCUGUCCACAGGGCAGGGUGUGGGUGAGGCAGUGUCCUGAGACAUCACUGCUGGGGACCUGGCUGGUCCUCCAGGAGCCCACAGUGGAGCCCUGCCCAGGUCAGCAGGCCUGUGUGGCCUAGUGGCCGGGUGGAAGCAUUCCCGCGCCAGUUCCCUGGCACCUUGGACACCCAGCUGGCCCACCUCCUGCAGGCCCAGCUCCCAGGUCCUGCCCUGCCCCACCUUGGUGGGUGCUAAGGAAGUGAGGUUAUCCCCCCACCCCCCGAGGUCCUGCCCUGUGUUGACGACAGCCACUCCCCCCGACCAGGGCCGAGGUGGCCCGCCGCAGGUUUGCCUGCCUGAGCAGCUUCCUGUUGUGGAGAGCCACUCCCUACAGGGCUGUCCCGUGCCAGGCCCCAGAGCCAGAUUGUGCCCAGAAGCAGCCCCUUCUGGCCGUGCCUUGUCACACCCUCUGUACUUCCUGCAACUUGGCCACCUCCCUCCUGCCUCCUGCCCCGUGACUUCGGCCUCAGAUACUGAUUAGACCCAUCCUUGGCUGUUGGGCACAUGCCUGUGGGUUGCUGUGAUAUGCUGUUGUGGGGCUGGCCCUAUUCCUGCAAAACCCCCAGCAGGGCCUGCUUCAAGCUUCCCGAGCUAGGGACCAGGUUGUGCCCACGUGUUUCCUGGAGGGACACUGAGGCCCAUCAGCAUUUGGGGCCAGAGCAGCAGGCACUCUGGUUGGGAGUGGGCCCCUCUGGGCUGUGCCCACACUGCCUCCCAGCAGUGAGCUCUGGUCAGCACAGCCCUCCAGCUGCCAGGCUGAGCCCAGGGGGUCAAGCUGUCACUGUGCCUAGCUUGGUGGAGUACACAUACCUUCAGGCUCCUCUGGGCUCAUAGGGUCUGUGUGUGUGUGUGUAUGUGAUCUCGUCUUGCUCCCAGGAGAAGCAAGGGGCCUACUGGCCCUCAGCCUUUGUCCAGGUAUGGGACUCGGGUCACUUCUGUCCACACCUCACUGGCUGCAGCAGGACGGGGAAGGGCUGACAUCCCACCCCAAGGGGAGACUUGGUGGGUGCUGAACAGGCCACAGGGUGGGAUGCAGAGGGGGUGAUCACUUGCCCCAACUGGCUUAUUAUGCUGCCUCUGGCAGGGCUGUAUCUGGGCGCUGACUUCUUGUGCCCCCCUUUCCAGCUGUUGUGUUUUGAGCAGUAAACCAAGGCUGUAGUUUGUGCA